CUUCCCCUUCUCAUUCUCUUGGGGCGCCGUCUUCUCUCCACUCCCUUUGUCUCCUCAUUGCCGCUUUUUGUCGCUGUUACAUUCAUCCCUCAUUCCUCAUUCCUCAUUCCUCAUUCCUUCGACCGCCUCUAUACAAACCUUAUUGAGUGCUUUGUGCUUCAAAUUAAAAUGACCGCUACAGGGUCACCAAACUUCCUUGGUGUGCUUGCCCGAUACCACUCAAGCAGAACUCGCCAUCGGAUCGCCAUCCUCCUCGCCCUCUCACUCUUAAUCCUUUCAGGCUCCCUCCUUGUCCUGCACGUCUCCAGCGGCCAAUUGAGCCAGUCUGAAGAAGACUACGCCUCCUCCUCCGUCACUCGUUGGACAGCCCGGCGAUUCAGCGAUCGCCAACAUUCCGAACAUGUUAACGCACAGAAUGAGGAGGAGACGGUUGCGCGGUACAGGAGCCUACACCAGGGUUUCGGUCGUCCACGCGCGGCGCUCCCUCAUCACAACACAUUCCACGACGAAAAAGAGCAGGCGUUGAUGCAGCAGCAGCUCGAGAGGCAAGAGGAUCAGCUACGACAAUUGCCCUUCGAGCAGCAAUACGAAAAUCCAUCACAACAACUUCAACAGCCGAAUCAAGGACAACAGCACCCAGAGCCAUUGACCCCAUAUCGGAACCUCGACUCAAUAAACACGCCUGCAGAGUCCGACCAGAGCCCGCAAUUAAAAGCAAUUGACGGUGCCAUGGCUGCAAAUAUCCAAAAGAGUGCUCUCACCCCUGCGCCAUUUGAGGAGACAUUGAAGAGAAGAAAUGACCCGACGCGGUAUCUCACCUAUCUCCCUUAUGCCGGGAUCACGAACCAAUUCUAUGGAAUGCUUAGAGGCAUGGAAGUUGCCAAGGCCCUGGGUCGAACCCUGAUCAUCCCACCAAUCACUUCGUCGAGCCACGACAAAUCCAAACAAAACCAGCCCUGGUCUAAAUUCCUUGACCUGAAACGGUUCUCCCAGCUGACAGGGAUCAAAGUCGUCGAGUUUCAUGACCUGCGCGAUGCCGAACUCACGCUCUACAACGAAAUCCAGUGUCGGAUUACCUGCGGCUUUGGAUCCAAGCGCACGAUCGAUUUUACUGCCAAGGGGUUCCUGAGACAAUGGCGUCUCAAUGCGACACUGGGUCCGCUCCCUGAAGACGAUAGCAGGCUCGGAACUAUCGUGUCGACCUUGGAACCUUUCAGUCGCGACAAGUACCUCUGCAUUUCGAACACCUACAAGAUCGUGGUCCCCGAAAAAUCGGAAUGGGAGCGGUUCGGUCAGCACCUGCAUUUCACAGCCGAGUUGGAAGCCUUCGUACAACAGUUCUUGGACAAGAAUCUGAUCAAGAGCAAGCCCAAGGUUGAUCUUGACACCGGUCGAGAGAUCGAACCCGCUCGCCAUAGAUUCCUAGCGAUCCAUGCACGCCGCGGGGACUUUAGCAAGUACUGUGAAGGAAACUUUGCAGGCUCUAAGAUGGCUCACUGCCUGCCCUCCACAGAACAGAUCGCGGAGAGGAUUGACAUCGUCCAGGAGAGGUUGAAUCCAACCAAGGAUCCCGCAGAAAUCCUGCCUGUCUUUGUGGCGACGAACGAGCGUAACCCGGAGGAGCUGCGACGGUUUGCGAAUCUAGGGUGGAAGUAUUUGGACCAUGAGAAGAUGGGCACUGUCGAAGCACUAGGUGUCUUUGGGCCCAUGAUGGUUGACCAAGUGUUUAUGGCCUAUGCUGAGACGUUAGUCGGGAUCCAGAUGAGUACGUUUUCGCGCGUCGGCGCAUUGAGACAGCGGGACUGGUAUGCCCGUCAAGUCGAGUACAUGUAGAUAGAUACACAAAAUAAAUACAUCGAAACAUUUUAUUUCUUAGUU